CUUUAUUUCAUUCUAGAAAAUAUAACCAUCUAUACAUCCACAUUCCACCUCCAUCAAAGUGAAACCAGAACAAUGGCAACCCUAACCCCCAUAAACCUCCACCAUCCCCCGGAAUACACCCUCCUCCAGCACCACCGCACCAUCUGCGGCUGGCACUCCACCGACGAUGUCCUCCUCUCGUGGCGCGAAAAGCAAGACGCCGGCUUAAAGUCCUUCUUCUGGAUCACCAUCCCCAACCCCGAGCCUAAUGAAUCCUCUACCCCCAUCCACGCAGGUCACAUCUCCCUAGACUCCUACGCCGAUCCACCAGACCCUGAUCUCGCCCGUGCCGAUCGAUCCAUUCUCACUAUUCAGACAUUCUUCAUUCUGCCUGAGUAUCGGGCUGGUGGACUGGGACGGGAAGCGAUGACGCUGGUGGAGGCGUUGGCUACGAAAGAGCCGUAUGGGAGUCCGAGGUGCGAGUAUCUUACCGUGAAUACCACGAGUAAGGGGUAUUAUGUUGAUGGGGCGGGGGAGAAGAGGAGGCAGAUGUUGAGGGUGAAGCAGGAGGAGGAAGGGGGGUUUCCGGUGGUUUUGUGGUAUGAGAGGUUAGGGUAUGUUUGGUGGAAGACGGAAGAGAGGUAUAAAUAUGUGGAUGGGGAGAAAGGGGAGGAGGUUUGGAUUGAGGCGGAUUUUUUGAGGAAGAGAGUUGGGUAGGAGUUCUCGGAGAAGGAGUGGGUGGGGUGAGGAUAGGGGUAUAGUCGGGGUGGAGGUUAAUGUUGGUCGUGUACGGAGUAUCUCGGUCUGAAUAGAGGCCGAUUGUGUCAGUCUCGAUGGCUUGACUUAUCGGGUUAAUAGGGGUGUAUCGGCAGUUGGAUGUGUCCAAUGGGGGUGGUGACAGUAUGACAGUCGGAUAGACGACUGUCACAGGGGCUAGAUCGGGCCCAAUGCUUCCAUAUUGUCCUAGAAUAAGACUUAGAGCACAUGUCAUGUUAGGCCAGCCAAUAGUUGAUGAUCACAGA